ACAAUAGUCACAACAUGGCGGCCACUGCGCGAAGUUUUGUCCGGAGAUAAGUCACAAUAAUAAGACAGGAAUGAAAGUGGCUCUUGUCUUAUAACUGCACAAAAUACAAUGAUCAUUAUUGAUUACACAGUAGGAAAAGUCUGCGUUUUUUCAAAAGCUGUUUAUAGAAGUAUGCUUCGAUAAUGUCGUUCGGGGAAUCUUGUUAAAAAAAUUUCACACUUAAAAUAUUUAAUUCCUGAUUCAAAGAGGAACAACAUCAAUAUUCUAUGACAUUCACUUGGACUCAAACUCUACCAUGGACUCGGAAAUUAAAAGAGAUGAAGUGCCUCGAAUCCACUCCGUAUAGUUAAUGCGUUUCAUUACAAAACUAUUCGCCAUAACGGCAAGCAAGAAUGGAUGCAUGGAAAUCAAGCAAGAUUCUCGCUACAUUGAUUAUUGCAAUAAUUGGAAUCACUCUUUGGAUCGGAUAUUAUCUGUCCUCUUAUUACAAAGGACCGAGAUGGUUUCUUUCAAGAGAAGCAACAGCAUCAACAAAACCACCAUCGCUUUACCAAAAUGUAAAUUGUAUCGUGAAGACGGCUGUAAACACCAGUAAGAAACUUCCGGAAUUCAUAGAACUUGUGCCUGGUACGCUUGUAUACUCUGCAUUUUACGAUAAUACAAACCGGGAAGCACCUUAUUUUCGUAUCAUGAUUAUCUCGGAGACUUUCAGACCAGUGCCAAUAUUUUGCCACUCGCUUUGUGAACGAACUAAGACGGAGCCUGCCUCGUACAAACUCAUCAGGGAACACAAGAAGAGAAGACAUGCUGCUUUCAUAGCCACGUGCACAGCUCCACGAGGGAUCGGAAGAACCCCGGGAUUUCUUGAUAUUCAUGCCGAGUUUGAAGGACAAGUGACUAAAAUAACACGCGUACAAGUCCAAAGCACUGCAGCUCAAAACCGUCCGCAUAAUUUAACUAUCUGCGUCCCCCCUAUUUAUAAGGGUGACGGACCAACACGAAAUGAAAUAGUGGAGUUCAUAGAAAUGAAUUCUAUAUUGGGUGCUGAUCAUUUUGUCUUCUAUGACGUCGCAAUACCGUCCGACGUAAAAGAAGUGUUAAGGCACUAUGAAAGUAAAGGGGUAGCUUCCGUGCUGACAUGGGUAAUGCCGGCAUACAUGCUGGACUUCUAUAGUAUUCAUUAUCAUGGCCAGAUGUUAUCCAUACAAGACUGCCUUUACAGAGCUAGAGGAACCUCCAGAUUUGUAGCUUUUCACGAUUUAGACGAGUUCAUUGUCCCAACACAGGAGGAAACAAACCCAGAAUUACUACAACGGAUACAUAAACAGGAUAUUAGUGGCUAUCGCAUCAGAAGUGUCGUGUUUCCAACACAACUUGGAAAAGACGACGAUUCAACGGAACUGAUAACUCAAAAAUACUUCAAAAGGACAGCAUCGUAUUUUGAUACUCGGAGUAAAUGUGUCGUUGACCCACAGCGAGUGUCUGUGAUGGGGAUACACGAUAUUGAUUCCCCAAGUGAAGCCCGGUUUAAAAAGGACUGGAUAAUAACUGAGGCGACGGUGUAUCACUAUAGGCAGUGUGCAAAGUACGAAGACUUGGAGAAUGCAUGUAAGAGCCUGAUUCCUGAGAACCGUAUGAAGCUGUACAGAGAUUUACUGAAGAAAAAAGUUGCUAAAGUUUUGGCUUUGGUAUGAUGCAUUCCCUCGACCUUUUGAAGGCAAAUCCGUUAAACAUAGUACCGCUAACUACUGCCUACACUAGUACAGCUCCAGAUAUGAGGUCUAGCAGGAGCAGCAGUAUCAUUCAUUGGCUUGCCUUUAAAAAAUAGAUGAAAGACUGCAUCAACAACGUAGAUGAUGUUGGCUGUACUUGAGAAAGGACAUUAGAUAACAAUUAUACAUAUUAAUGGAGCAUCUCUUUUUUUUUUAUAAAUAUUUAAUUGAUAGACAUUACAAAAUAUAAUAUCAAACUACUGACUGCUUUAUAUUCAUGAUACAAAAGUUUUUAUACUACCUAAUCUACUUAAUCAUUGCUAAAAUGGAAGCAAAACGUUCUUCCAGGUAAGUUUGUCCUUAUCCUUGCGUCUUUCGCACACUUGCUGUCUGUUUAUCCUAAUCCUUGGUGUUUAAAGGGUUUCGGGUGUCGAUGAUACGUAACAUUCUCUCCCUGUGUUUGCCCCCAGUCCCUCUUGCCUCGAGGCUAACCACAGGGAUCUCAAACAAAACACCAAGGACUGGGAUCUAUUACAUAAUAGAUUUAUUGUCAAGAUUGAAUGAACAUUGAAGUCUAUAUCUGAACAACGUACCAUUAGUAAAAAUCUAUGAACAUCAGCUUUGUUAACUGAUAACGAAACUUUAUAUAUAUAACGAUGUUCUAAGUUUAAAGCUCUAUUUCUAUAGUGUGUCAGUUACCAUGCUAGUA